CAGCAGUUGGUGCACCGGUUGGUGGGAAAUCUGUAACAAAAAAUGCAGGAUUUGCACAAAUGACAUCAUUUGUAAACAAAUGCUGUAAAGAUAGCCAGUGGAAUGCUAAAAUAGCAAAUGGCCAAGAUCAUAAAAAAGGGAUUACAACUAUAGAAGCUAAAUUGGAUAAAUUAUGUCCAUAUUUUAGCCAAAUUGACACUAUUUAUGGAGAAAAACAAAAUGUUCGACCUUCUUUUCUUGAGAAUUUCGGAUUAAAUAAUGAAGAUAAUAUAAGUGAAACUUCGAUUGAAUCGAAUGAUAUUCAGGAACAAAAUGAUAAAUUACAAUCUGAUUACAGUGAGCGAAAUGAGAAAUCUUCAUUGUCAUUUAUAUUAGAUGAUAUUAAUUUGAAUGAUGAAUUUGAUGAUAAUUUAUUAAAUAAUAGCAAUGAUUUAUAUGAAGAUAAUUUUAAUAAUAACGAUAAUGAAGAUAGUUUUAAUAAUAAUGAUAAUGAAGAUAGUUUUAAUAAUAAUGAUAAUGAAGAUUUUAAUAAUAACGAUAAUGAAGAUUUAUUAACUGUAUCAAAUAGUAUUAAAAGAAAACAAAUUUCUAAAGAUAAUUCAUCAAAACGGCAACAUUUAUUAUCAUCAUCUAAAAAUAAAAAUGCUAAAAUUUCUGCAAAAGAUAUUUAUUUUAAUACUAAACAGCAAAAACUUAUACGUCAAGGAAAAUCUUUAACAGAAAUUAAAGAAAUAUUUAAUUUUUUUAAAGAUUUGUAA